AUGUCUUGGACUGUGCAGAUAAGAGCUACAGUCAGACUUGGAACGUUAUGCGCAUAUCUCGCUUCUGCUGUGCCAACGUCGUGGUUUUCUGCACUUUCACUAAGUCUUGCGUUCGGUCAAGCUGACGACUCCUUGUUAAUCGCACUGCUACCGUCAGGAAGGUUCACACAUCAAUUGCUCCUCGGCGAAUGUCAUCACCAGCUACUCGUUCGAAAUCACUUCGACGACGCGUGUUCACGUCUGCUCGCUGUUCCUCAAUGCGAACCCAACGAUACUCCUCCCAGAGUGCAGACCUCCCGAGCCCGAAAACAUCGUCCCGUGCAUGCUGAGCAAGAUGAGUGCAACGUUGCAUGUAGUCUUUCGCAACUCUGUGCGACAAUUGUGUCCGUCCUACCGCGGACGGAGCAAAAGGAUCGGAAGAGUGCUUGUAGUGGGUCCAUUUUAAUUGCUGCCUUUGCCCCCGUCAAGACAGGGAUUGCAUUCACUCUUUUCAGCCUUCGUCCGUCAAAAGGUGGUGCGAGCCAUUCCGACUCUUUUGAGUCUGCUCUGCUCCUCAUCAACUACCGGGUUGGAUUCGCUAUCAUCAAUUCCAUCUACGUCCAAUCUCAGCAUGGUUCCACACUUGUCAAACCUUGCCUCCCUGAACCCAAGGAGCGUGCUCCCUGGACCGAUCCGACAACAAGUGAGCACAAGCUGUGGCCUCGGUAA